AUGCGAAUAAAAACUCAGACCUUAGGUGGUACAGCGGCUACAGCAGCCAACUUGGAUCACAUGCUGACUGACCUCUCGUGCAGGGAUGUCAAACGUUUAUCUGAAUUACUAAAGAUCACGCAUCAAGACCUGGAGGAGCUCGGCGUCACCAGGAUUGGACAUCAAGAACUGGUGCUGGAGGCUGUCGAUCUACUAUGUGCUCUGAACUAUGGUGUAGAGACAGACAACUUGAAGAAUCUUGUUGUGAGGAUGAGAGCUGCCACCAACAGUCUGCACAUGGCCACAUCCGACCGCAGGAAUAGCCCAGCAUAUGAUGACAGCACCUCACGAAAGCCCCCCAACGACUUCCUUACGUCUGUGGUGGAGCUGAUUGGUGCUGCAAAAAGCCUCCUGGCUUGGCUUGACAGGACACCUCUUACAGGGAUCAGUGACUUCACAGCCACCAAGAACAAGAUCAUUCAGCUGUGCCUGGAGCUCACCACCACAGUUCAACAGGACUGCAGUGUUUACGAGAUGGAGGAGAAGAUCCUGGAAGUUUCAAAGAUUUUGAACAGCAUCUGUGAUCAGACUGUGAGAACCACCUCUGACCCUCUGAUGAGCCAGUCGGCCUGCUUGGAUGAAGUCCAGCUGAACAAUAUCAAACCAGGAGAGGGGCUGGGAAUGUACAUCAAGUCUACCUACGAUGGGUUACAUGUCAUCACAGGGACCACAGAACAUUCACCUGCAGACCUGAGCAGGAAGAUCCAUGCUGGUGAUGAGGUGAUCCAGGUUAACCAGCAGACAGUUGUGGGCUGGCAACUGAAAUACCUGGUUGUCAAACUGAGGGAGGACCCUAAAGGCGUGGUUCUGCUCCUUAAGAAGAGGCCCUCUGGCACAACAGGUUUCACCCCCGCCCCACUCAAGAACAUGCGCUGGAAGCCCCCAGUACCACAGAACAAUUCCUCCAUGAUCAGAACCCAGUCACCCUGCAGCUCAGCUAACGGGUCAACCAAAAAGGAGAAGCCAGCUAUCAUGGACUUAUACAUCCCGCCUCCUCCUCCAAUGCCUUACACUCCACGAGAAGAAAGAACUGACUCCUUCUCCAGCAUUAGUAAAAGACCAAAGGGCUCUGAGUCACCCAACUCCUUCCUGGACCAGGAGAGCAGAAGGCGCUGCACCGUCACAGAUUAUCACAAGCUAAACGUCGGCUGCCCCAUCGAGGCCAACGUGAUUCAGCCCAGAAUGAGGGAGCACAAGUCCUCUCGUGGGAAGCCUCGGCCUCUUUCCAUGCCAGUGGACACCUGUGUUGGAAUUGUAGAUCCCUAUGCUAAGCCCUGGGCACAGGGAAGGAAAGGUGAAGACCUCCUGUACAGAUACCUGAGCAAUGAGAGGAUCCCCACCAUUGCAGAGGAGGUCCCCUCAGUGUCCCCGCCCUACAGGCCAGCUGGCGAACGCCAACUAGUCAGAGUUGACCACAUCAGGGGAAGCCGCUACUACUCCAACUCAGACCUCCACAACAGCGCCACAAUCCCCUACCAGGAGGACUUGAGAAAGGCUCCUGUGGCCCCUGUCUCCAAGCGCACAACGGCAGAGCGCUCACUACUGGGACCUGACUGGCACUCUAGCAGUGACUUCCUCAACCGGUAUAAUCAACCACAGAUACGAUCCUGGUCCUUCUCUCAAGCAGCUGCCUUCCCCAUAUCUGUGCCCCCGUCCAUGGCUGCCGAUGACUACAACCCUGUAUCCCUCCGACAUAAAUCCAAGAAGAAGAGCCGAGGAGGCAAUGGUACAAUGAGCAGGAGACGGAUCUCAGUCAAAGAGCUCGGUAAGCCAGACCACCAGGGCUGGCUGUACAGGAAGAAAGAGAGCAAAGGCUUCCUCGGUAUGAAAUGGAAGAAGUACUGGUUUGUGCUAAAGAGGACAUCUCUCUACUGGUACGCUAACCAGCUGGCAGAAAAGGCUGAAGGAUACAUUGACCUCACCAACUUCAUGAUUGACGUAGCCAUGGAGUGCAAAAAGAAACAUGCGUUUAAAGCUUGCCACCCACAGGUCAUGAUGUUUUUCUUUGCUGCUGAGAGCCAUGAUGAGAUGACUGUGUGGUUGAAUAAGCUUGGGUUAGCCUCCAUUCAGUAUGAGCCAACAGAACCAAACCCUACUGCUGAGUGUUACAGUGAAGCCAGUGACCAUGAAGAAGCUGAAAGCACCGAGAUUCCCCCGCCACCUUACUCUGAACAAACCCUGCGGGACUCUGUGGAUGUGUCUGAUCCACCUGGUAGCACACAUCAGGGUACCCUUCCUCCCCCUUACAGCUCUGCAGUCCCCAGUGAAGCCAACGGUUCACUCUCAUCCCCCGUCAGUACGAUGACAUCACAGAGCUCUUCCUCCUCGCUGGCCAAGCACAGGCAGUCCUGGAUGGACCUGGUCUCACAGGCGACCCCUCCAACAAGUGAAACGGCAGUGGUGUGCUCAGUUCAAGUACACUCACAUCAGCCUCCGCCAGCAGAGACAAAAGUAGAGGAUUCUGAGGGGUUGGAGAGCUCGUCUCACCAGGAAGAAAGUCCUGGUGCGGAGGGGGAAGGACAGAGAGUUGUGUCAGAGGCUGAAGAGGAAGGUCAUCAUGGAAACAGCUCAGAUGAGAUGGAGAAGUUAUAUAUUCACCUAAAAGAGGCAAGCCUCUCGCCAAUAGGAGAUCGUAAACCAUCAACCAAAAGGGAGUUCAGGGCCUCUUUUAUAAAACGCUCUAAAAACCAGACUGUCAAUAACCGACUGCAUCUUGUAAGGACUCUCAACAGCACAUUAAAGGCAAAAGAGGCAGACCUACAGGCAAUAGAGCAGGUGCUGACGGACCCAGAGCUGACAUCAGGCAGGUUCAGAGAAUGGAAGGAGGCCAACGCACCCUUGGUGCAGGAGAUCUGUGUUAAAGCUCACCAGCAGGUGGCACCAGAGUCCACAAAAGCUGCAGCAUCAGCUAUUGCUGCUCCAGUAGCCGAGACCAGUUUAUAAAGACUAUUUUAAUAUUAUUUCUGGGCUCUGCACUUAAAGGACUUCAUUUUAAACAUUCUGUGGACACACACUCACGGAAGCACACACACGGACACACACACACGGACAGUGGUCUUAAAAUUCUGUUCAAUAUGUAAUUUGGAUCAAUGAAGAGUGUUUUACAUUCCUUAGUAAAGAUGGCACAAACAUGUUAUGAUAGGCAGAUCACAUUAAAAUGUGAAAUGUGUCGUAGUAUUCCUUUAACUGUUGCAGGUGUAGGAUUAGCCAAUCGUACACACAGUUGUUUUUAUGUUGUAAUGCUGUGAACCUGUGCAUAAGUUGUUUUAUAUUUGUAAUUAUGGAGCAUGAUGAAAUAAUAGACACAUUGUUCUCUGCAUGGAGACACUUGUUUUUUACAUUAUGUUUUGUCUACUUGUGUUUUAUCAGAUGUUAAAAUUUUAACAGUUUUUGGUCAAUUAUUGGUGCCAUGCACCCUCACUGACUGGUACAUUUGCUUACAGUAACUUUUUGAAUAAUUUGUGUGCAUUGUGCAGUUGAGAAAUGACAUGGUUAUACUUACCAUUAAGCCUUUGCCGACUGAACACCAGGGCCUGCACUAACAGAAUAAAUGUUGGACACAAGUCAUGAUAUUUAAAGAUUGUACAUUUUAAGUGUCAAAUCAGUUCCAUUGCUGUGUAAUUUUAACUAAGCUCCAAGUGAAUAAUCUACCUUAUUUCUUUUUUAAGCUUAAAUUAUGUAUUUAACCUAAUCAAACCAUUAUUUUUAAGUGAAGAAUGGAUAACUUGAGAAUUUACUGCAGAUGUUGACAUUAAUACUAACCAGUUUCCAGGUGGAAUGGUAUAUAACUUCUACUUGACUCCAGGCAAGUUGUAGUAGUAUUAUUUAGCAUAACACAGGAUGCAUGGUGAAUCAUUCUCAGGAAAAACUCUAAUAAUGUUCUUUAAGGCAAAGCCUCCCUGGGCACUAAGUAAUUUGACAGAAACCCUUUGCUUGUUACACACAAACUGGUGAUGAAGAGGUAACUCACAGAUCCCAGCCACAGCCACAGCUCCAGAUAAAGUAAAUCUACCCCAAGCAUGGAGCCCUGAAUUACAAAUUGUACUAGUACCAUGCUCUGUGCACACAAAAAAAAUAUAAACACAUAUUUCUGAAUUGCAUUUCAUCUGUUUCACAUGUAAUUAAAAGGUCAUGUAAAUACUACUACAUGGAUGUGUAAUGUAAUGUGUUUGUGGAUCUCAAGUCUGGCAUGAGACACAGAUUGCUUGUUGUGUACAGGACAAUAAAAUCUUGUGAUAAAUAA